AUGUCACAAUCCGACUUCAAACGAAAGCGCGCCCGAAUUGCAUGUGAACCUUGUAGGGUUCGCAAAAGAAAAUGCGACAGCGCUGAGCCUUGCAGUACUUGCUGUCAAUGGGGUUACGAUUGCCACUACGAACAUCAGCCACGACAGAAGCGCUAUGCUCCCCAACAAGAGCCUCCAAGAGAAACUGCCCCAACGCCAAGGUCUCCACAGCAAAUUGACUCAGUGGAUACACACGGGCUGGAUCGUCGGUUGUGGGCAAACUCCGGUGCUGCAUUUGUUCGAAGGAUGGCCCUGAAUAUCGAUCCUGCGAAAGCGCCAAAACUCAGCCUAUUUGGCUGGAACAUUGGAAAGCGACAACUGUUAUCCGAAUCUCAGGCUAGCUACCCUGUGCCGUCAAUCACGGACAUCACAUCAUUAGAACACAUGAACACCCUCGCUCAAGUCUACUUCGCCAAGAUUGGUCCAUGCUAUGGCUUUAUUGAUUCUUCCUAUUUUUUCGGGCGACUGGAAGCUAGGUGGCAAUCUCCCAUGGUCAAUAGUCUGUAUGAUAGUGUUCUUGGUGGCGUUGCUGCAUUAGGUUGUUUGUUUUCCCAACGAAACAUGACCACCACCGAAUUACAUCUCAUCACAUCAGCAUUUUCUAUUCUCGACACAUACAUUUUGUGUGGCGCUCCUCCCGUGGACCUUCUCACUGGGUGGACGUUGCGAGUCAUCUACAUGCGAAUGACAGAUCUGCCCUACUCAACAUGGAUGGCGAGUUCGAAGUUGAUGCAUCUGGUAGAAGCCGCGGGAUUCCAUCUAGAGUCCACUGAUUCAGUCUUUCCGAGCAGCAUUGACACAGCCUUUAAUCCAAACAGUCAGAGACGGCUCUUUGGCGUGGCACUACAUCUUAAUAUGUGGAUAUCAUAUGAUCUUGGUUUGUCAAGAGUGUCCUUUCAAAAGAAUAAUUUGCCGUUGCUUCCAUCAAUCAUCGAGGGCGAUUACACGCAUGAACUGCUGGGACUUCUUCCAUUAUCAGCAAGCCUAGACCCAGGAAAGCCAAAAGAAGAUGAGAUGAAGCUUGAAGAAACGCUUUCCCAGAUCCUCGAAAGAGUUCACAAUGAGCCUCCAUCGGUCAUGGCGCAAUGCAAUCUUGUCCUUUGCAUUCUGCGCAGAAUUCACACACAGAAGCUCGAGAUCUCCCCUCGUCUCGCAGAAAAAAGCUUAGCAUUGCUGAAAAAGGGGCUUGGUUGCUCACGCAGUAUGGUCAGGAACUGCAAUCCUUGGCAACACAUGGCAAACGUACCGUUCCACAUCAUAUGUGUCUUACUCGUGAUGGACACCCGGCAAUCGCUAGCGAUGCUUCCCGAAGCAAUGCAGACAUUGAAGCUCGUUGUAUCUGCUUACGACACAAACACCAUGAGAGAAGCCUGGAGUGCGGCUCUCUUGCUAGUUAUGCUUCACCAACAGCGGAGGAAAGAUGACCUUGCGAUCUUUAAUGACAUCAUGAACAUGGAGGAGCAAGAAAGUCCAGCUGGACCACCUGCGCAACAAUUUCCAAGCGCAGAAGAGUACACAUGGCUAGGGGCUUUGGUCGCUGAUCUACCGGGUUUGCAAAGGGAUGACCUUGAUCAAUUUCUGAAUUCGGACAUGAUUGAUAGUUCAAGUUUCUUGGGUGGACCUGGAUGA